AUGUCAAUCCUGAAUUAUUCCAUCUGUCCAAUUAGUUUAGUUUCUGUAUGCUUGGCCAUCCUUCACUUACUCUCCAGUUCUGGAGUCAAUGCUGCUUCUGAUCAAAUGCAUGCAGCAUCAAGUAUCAGAAGUGAAGGGAAAGCUCUUUUAACUUGGAAAGCUAGUCUCGACAAUUAUAGCCAAUCUAAGUUGUCAUCCUGGUCAUCUUCUGCAAAUCCUUGCAGUGCCUGGGAUGGAGUUCGAUGCAACAAAGCUGGACGAGUAUCGGUGAUUAACAUCACUAGUUCUGGCAUCAAAGGUACACUUGAUCAUCUCAAUUUCUCGUCUCUACCCCAUCUAACUACAAUUGAUCUUUCCCAAAAUGCACUCCGUGGGACCAUACCAUCCAACAUUGGGUACCUUUCUAGGCUAACAUAUCUUUCCUUCUGGUCAAAUCAAUUGUCUGGUGCCAUUCCUAUUGAAAUUAGCCAACUAACCAAUCUUAGGUUCUUGUACCUUUCAUAUAACUCAUUCAGUGGAUCAAUCCCUACGUCUAUUGGCAAUCUGACAGGCCUAACCGAGCUAGACCUAGGAAGCAACAAACUUUCUGAAUGGAUUCCAGAAGAGAUUGGGAAGCUGAAAUCUCUGACAAAUCUCUCUUUAGCAGACAAUAUGCUCACAGGUCGGAUUCCUCUGUCUAUUGGAAACUUAAGUGGCUUGACUCUGCUGUAUCUUUCCCAAAAUUAUCUUUCUGGGCCUAUCCCUAAAGAAACUGGAAACUUGACAAAACUAAAUGAUUUGGAUCUUUCUUGGAACCAGCUAUCAGGUCCCGUUCUAAAAAGAGAUUGGGAGCUCAGAUCACUUACUAGACUCUCUUUAGCUAACAACAUGCUCACAGGUCCGAUUCCUCUGUCUAUUGGAAACUUAAGUGACUUGACUCUGCUGUAUCUUUUCAAAAAUUAUCUUUCCGAACAGAUUUCUUCUGCCAUAGGAAAUUUAACCAAUCUUAAUGACCUGGAUCUUUCUCAAAACAACUUUUAUGGGUCUAUCCCUCCCGAACUGGGAAAAUUGAAGCUACUAGCUUAUAUUGAUUUUUUCCAAAACCAGUUAAGUGGUGCCGUGCCCGAUGGAUUCAACAAUCUUACACAUUUAAAUUCGAUAUGGCUGUCUCAAAACUAUCUUACUGGUCAUUUACCCCAAAAUAUUUGCAUUGGUAGCUCAUUGACGUGGUUCACAGUAUCUGAAAAUGACUUUGUCGGCGCUAUACCAAGAAGCUUGAAAAACUGUUCUAGUUUAAGAAGAAUUAGUGCAGCUGACAACCAACUAUCAGGAAAUAUUUCUGAAGAAUUUAGCGUCUCUCCAUAUGUCGAGCAUAUUAAUUUAAACAAUAACAAAUUUUUUGGUCAGUUGCCUUGGAAUUGGAGCGGCUAUCUGACUUUGACAGAGUUGAGGAUGUCGAACAAUAAUCUUUCGGGCAGAAUACCAGCUGGGCUUGGAGAGGUAUCUCGUCUGCAAAAAACUGCAUCUCUCUUCAAAUCACUUGCAUGGAAAGAUCCCUAG